ACUGUCUCCUUCAGAAUCCCAACUUUACCCCGACUACAGAUCAGAGAGACGCCAACAUGAUGCUGUUCCUCUUCCUGUUUGCUCUGGCUCUGGGUGCUGUGUCUCCUUCAGGUGAACUUGAAGUGAAGCUGCUGCGUGGAAGCUGUCCCUCGUUCUGGUUCAGCUUUGACGGCCGCUGCUACAAGUACGUUUCUACACUACUGUCCUGGGCUGAUGCUGAGCUCUACUGUGUGUCACAGGGAGCCAAUCUGGUGUCUAUCUACAAUGAGGGAGAACAUAAUUUUGUCAGAUCCUUGGUCCGGAACUUUGACCAUGCUGAGGGACGAGCAUGGAUUGGACUUAGUGACGCUCACAAGGAAGGAAACUGGAUGUGGUCCGAUGGUUGUGCAGUGAAAUUCACCUUUUGGAAUUCUGCACAGCCAGAUAAUGGUGGAGGACGUGAACACUGUGUUCACAUUAAUUAUGGAACACUCAUGAGAUGGAAUGACGUGCCUUGUACUGUAACUUAUCCCUCUGUUUGUGCAACACGCAAAGCUACCUGUUCUUAACAAUUCUUCAACAUGAUUCCUUAUGAUGCUCUGACAUACAUCCUAAACAAACAUAAAAAUGUGCACUUGUACGUUUGUAUGCAGAACUCUUGUAUUGACUUAUUAUUAUUAUUAUAUAGAAAGAUGAUUUAAAUCCUUACAUUUGUACACUGUGCAUGUAUUUGUUUUUCAUGUGUUUUGGGUGCAUAGUAAUGUAGAAGAAUACCUUUGACUCUACCAUAUUUGUCUGACAGCUUUAGUUCCUAAUUAUUUUUCCAGUCAAAAUGUUCCAAAUCCAUGAAUCUCAAAAUGUGGUCUUAUCUAUGUUUUGUUGUCAAUGGAAACAUUUCAAGUGUUGAUUUAUGGUUUAGGAAAAAUCUCCUUAAUGAUGUAAAGAUGUAUAAAACAGACACUAAUUAAACCAAAUCAACCUCUGGAUGAUUAAAUUAUUCCUGUUGAAAACGUUUGCUCAUGUACAUAAUUUGUUGAUAAUAAAACUAUGAUAAAACAAUCAA